AUGAUCAAUACACCACCACGAGAUCACAGACCACCACGGCCGAGACGAGCGCCUGUGGCCGUUGAUGAUUCUUUCGAUAAUGCCUCUGGAAUUUUCUCGACGUCAGGGACGAUAUCAGAAUGUACAAUGGCAAGCUUUCUUCUGGAAUCAAAUAAUCGAACGAAUAGCAAACCAAAUCGAACGGAAAGUCCAAGACAUCAAAUGUCACCCACCACCGCUGCGUUACUGCGAAGAAAGCAAGAGGAUGCGCGAGUUGCUAUACUUUCAUUGAAUCGAUUCAUCUUUCAAGCUGGCAACCUGUACCGUGGAAAACAACUAAAUCGCGACGAAGAAAACAUAUUACGAGAAUCAGCUCAUCAGGUCGGACUUUCGUUAGAUAUUGCCGAUGCACUGCUGGAGCAUACAUCAGAUUCAAACGCUGUAGUCCAGUACUGUAUGGAAUCAGAGGAUUCCUUCGCGAAGAAGAUUCGGAAAGAUCGUCGGCUAUCACAAUUGUUGAAACAAGACGCAUCAGAACCUGAGGGCAGCUUCAAUUUGAAAAGUUCUAUAUGGAGAAUUCUUAUGCACAAAAUAGUGCAGCAAACUCUUCGAGAUUAUGGUAUGGAUAUUGGAGACGUCCUGGACAAGUCGUCGUCGGCAUCACACAUGCAUACAGAAUUAUCACACAACGACGAAUACGCCAUGAACUCCGCUGAAAGAGAGCGCUAUGGACGAGAUUACACAGAAGAGAGAAAGCGAUUAAGCUUGCCAAUAGAUGAAAUAACAAAUGCACGUCACAGAGCUAUUGCUCAAAUGGAAUUUCAACAAUCCAAAGGGCCAAUAAUGGAUUCUAUGCAAAAUAGGGAUGAUAUACCGCUGAUGAUUGGGGCCGGUCCUGAAGUCGAAUACAGAGACGAUGAUAUGAGUCUUUUGGACGCCCAUGGCUCUCAGCACCGAGAAAUGCCACAUCCAGCACAGCGGCUGCAGUCGUCUCCACUAACUCCAAGAUCCCUAAAUCUGCAGCAGCGAACGAACGAACGAACACCUCCUCCGGGCAGGACUCACCACAGGAGUGGAGAUCCAGCAAUAGAUGAGAACGAUUUCGAUGAAAAUGACUAUGACGACAUUGCGAACGAGAACUGCCCCCCUCGUGAUAGUGUUCCGAGUCGUCAAGCGCCCCUAUCAGCUGUCAAACAGGCACUUGCUAUGUUUGAAGGUCCAGGGAAAUUUGACAAGGAUCAUUCGCAAAAGACUUCCAGCUUGACACCGAAGGCCAGGAAGGGUUCUUCAUCCAAGAUAGCAGAUCGACUGGCUUUGUGGGAAAAGGGGGUACAAUACCAAACCGACACUACGGCCUACCAACAACUUGAGAGAGUGAAGUCGUCAGAACAUCAAGCAAUCCAAGCAACAUCGCUCUUUGACGUUUUCUCAACGCCGCAGAAGCAGCACAAUGUCGAACAGGAGCAUGCAAGGGCAGCAAGUACUUCAAAAAUAUCGAAGGUGAAGCGUGCUCAGAUUGCAGCCUUUGAGAAUCGAGGGUUUGAAAAGAAAUCUGAAGCGAGCGAAAGGGUGAUACGAAGUGAAGUAAAGAAACUAGACCCGUCGCGGAGAAGAUUAUUUGAUGAGCCCUCAAGAACUUUACGUUUAGUUCAAGAACAUGAUAUUCCUAUAAGUGUCGACAAGCACGGAAAUAACUCCAGUGCUACGGAACGAACAGCAUUUGGUAGAAUCGAAAAUGAUUCUCAGCAGCCAGAAGCUGAGGUGUACCAUGCAGGUUACCAGCGAGGCAUGCAUCCACAACACAGCUCAGAUUCAGAUUCAGGUGAAGGAUACAUGGAUUCACCAAACGGUGGUGUCGAGCCAGCUGAUAACAUAGGCGGCUUGAAACACGGAUGGAAGAUUCAUUCUACUCCCCCAACAAGGAACCGAAGAGUCAGCAACCCAACAAGUCCCUCAGUAAGCUUCGCUUCUAAUUCGAGAUUUCAUGAUCAUCAAGAUGAAAAUCAAAAUCCACCUGAAUUUGAAUCCAGAAACAGAGGGAACCCAAAGAAACAGGUCUCUUUCGGAGAGUCCCCAGCCAACCCGAUACGUCAACAGGGAUCCUUUAGCGACCCUCAGAAAAGCGCGAUGGACAAAAUACUCAAGAAGGCUAGAACACCCCCAAAGCCACCAACUCCGAGCAAGCAGGCGCAACGAUCUUUGAAAAUACGACAGCUAUUGUUGGCAAAUAUGAAUGCGACGAGAAAGGAUGAACAUCAUCAAGUCAUUUUGGCUCAGUCAGUGCCUUCAGAUAACAUUUCGGUCAAUUUAUAUCAUUCAAUGGAUAAAUCAUUGGAUUCUACCAGUGAAGAACCUCCACAGGCCAUCCCAAUAGGCCAACAGGGGUCCUUUAGCAACCCUCAGAAGAGCGCGAUGGACAGAAUACUCAAGAAGGCUAGAACACCCCCAAAGCCACCAACGCCGAGCAAGCAGGCGCAACGAUCUUUGAAAAUAAGACAACAGUUGAUGGCAAAUAUGAAUAUGACGAGCAAGGAUGGGCAUCAUCGAGUCAUUUCCGAUCAACCAGUGGCUUCAGAUACCAUUUCGAUCAAUUCUUAUCAUUCAAUGGAUGAAUCGUUGGAUCCUACCAGUGUACAAGACUACGGGCCUCAGAGAGAAGUCACGAGAACACCAAGACCAAGACGAAGGAAUAUUCGGGAAGAAAAUUUCUUGGAGGACGAAAGAGUACGCGUAGAACCACCAGAACACCUACGAAAUGAAAUGUUUUAUUUUGACAGUAUUGAAGGUGGGCCAAAUAAUAUGAUGGAAGAAGAGUCCCCAGUGGAACAUGCAUUGAAUCAGGAUCAAGAGUAUCAAGAUAUAGCAAGGAAUAUGAUGGAGGAAGAUUCACUUAUCGAACAAGCAAUGAAUGGGGACGAAGGGUAUCAAGAUAUAGCAAGGAAUAUGAUGGAGGAAGAUUCACUCGUCGAACAAGCAAUGAAUCGAGAUCAAGAGUAUCAUGAUAUAGCAAGGAAUAUGAUGGAGGAAGAUGCACUUGUCGAACAAGUAAUGCAUCGAGAUCAAGAGUAUCAAGAUGUAGCAACGAAUAUGAUGGAGGAAGAUUCAUUGAUGGAACAAGCGAUGAAUGAAGACGCCCAUCAUUCGAAUGUUUUGGUUAGCGGAACACUCUCUUCGAGCCCAGGAAACAGCUAUGACUGCAACGGAGAAGACCAGGAUCAAUUUUCGGAAUUGCCAGCUAGCGAAGAUGAUCUGUCCGAAGACCAAGCAUAUAUCAGUGACAUGGCUUCUUCAAGAGCAGCAAGUGACCAGAUACCUAUUGAUUCUAUGAUUUCGUCAAUGUCAUCAGGCGAAUUGAUUCAAGCCCCUGGAAGCCAAUCAACAAUGACUGAUGAUGGGAAUCGUUCUUGGGUCGAGUUUCAUCAAGUUUUUGAAAGCAUACAUGGCGCCAAGUCAGAAGUUACCCUUGUUGAGAGUGGACUGACUUCUUCAAGAAAGAGCAUCGAGAACAUGUUUGAUACGCUCCAUCAAGUGAAACAAGAAGCAAUAAGUAUGGAACGACGAAAACCCGAGCGAGAGGCAAAAGAGACCCAGAAACCAAUGGAAACUUACCAUCCGAUAACCCCUCGAGCUCCCAAGGUGUAUGACAACGAAUUCUUUGAAGACAUCAGGCUUACCGGUUCGAAAGCAACAUUUCAAGUCACCCAUGGCAGCGAGAGUGCGGGGUUUGAUACCAAUGACAAAACCAGGCCAUAUGGCUAUGAACAUGAAGAGAGACCGAGUGCCAAUUCGAAUACUCAAGUACUAAAUGUGCCCCAGACUGAUCCUGAAGAAUGGGCAUAUUUUCAAAACUCGCAUUUUCAUUCCGAUGCUUCUUAUCAAGAGCGAGAGGACCUGUACCAUGAGGAAGAUGUCGAGGAGCACUUUUCAGAUAUUACAGAUCCCCGAGACACACCGAAACCUAAAGAUCGCAGUGGCCUUGACAGGAACGAACAGGAGUCAGCACACAAGCAGCGAUUUAGCAGUAUUUCAGAGGCUGACCCGUCGGAAGUUGACUCAAUGGAUCCAGUUGCACAAGUUGCCUACCGAAGCAAUGGCGUGGCCAUGGCGACAUCCACUCUCACGGCCUCGUCGGAUGAGAGCAACUUUGAAAUGGUGAACCCAUACCAGUGUAAUGCGGCGAAAUUGAAAGGAUCUAGCUUUUCUGAAGCCCAAGAGAGAGCAAUGGAAAUGGCUAGUGACCGAGCCGAAAUGGAUAAUACCCUAUCCAAGACAACAGAAGACAUGAAUGGAAAAUUUUCACCAAAGUAUCCUCGAUCACCUGUGUUUGACAAAGCAAUGCAGAAAGCUAGAAAACACGCUGCGAAAGAGAGCCAUGAGUUGGCCCACGACCAACGAAAGGAAAAGGAAUCUUCACCAAGGUAUCCUCGCUCCCCCGCCUUCGACAAGGCAUUGCAAGCACGGAAGGCAAAAGCCAGUGAUAAUGGACCCAUUUCUCAGGUAUCAAGCCAAGAUGACUCCGCGUUUUCCUGGGGUGAGAACGCAAAGAUUCCUACACAACCUUCAUUUGACUAUCACACUCUUCCACCACCCCCUUCGCUCGAGGAGGCCUUUAAUUUGGUAGACACAGAAACUGUGGAAGAUACCGCCUUUCAUCAGGCUAAAACCCCUCGUACAAGUCAUGGCAACUCAAAGUCUACAACGAAUCAAUUGAAUUCCAUUCAAAUGCAACGGUCGUCUUCCUCUCUUUCGAGAUUUCUUCGCAUUGAUACUAGUCGCAGCGAUGAGGAUGACGUUGGACUAAAUGGUGCCCCCGCAAGCGGUCAGCAGAGUCUCCGACAAGACGCUGUCAGCAAUUGGGACAAGGCGCAUGGAGGACGAGGUGCUUCCCCGUCUGCGUACCGAUCAUACAGCGAAGCCAACGAAGACGUGAAAUCUGCAGCCCAAGCAAGCGGAGUGCCGCAGCAAAUCAUCGAUAUCAUUCUAAAACAAGCUGCCGAGCACGAAAGAGAACUCGAAGAAGCGGCGCCUGAAGCCGACCGGAUAUCGUGGCUAGCUAUUGAAAAGAAGACCAACAAGAAGCCAAUUGCGACUGAAGAUGUAUCUCCAAUUGGCUAUUCUGUGAAAUCCGAGGCACUCUACAGUUUGCCAAAACAGAAGAAGACCAAGCCAGUCAAGUUGGAUGUAUCUCUGAUUCCAGACGACAUUCCCGAAGGAGUUCCGCGGGAAGAUGUUAAGCUACUCGAAAGAUUCAUUCAAGUCUCGACAUCCAAGCGUGAAGGAAAGCAACUUUCUGCUGAUUCGGAAGCUCGUGUUCGAGCUGCGGCAAUUAAUGUUGGUCUUGCCGAGGAUGUCAUUGACCAAAUGCUGAAACAAGCACGCUGGAAGCGGGCACAGAAUGCGAUAGAGGAAAACACUCUGCACCUACAGGAGGAGGACACUCUACAUCAACAGCAGGAGAACUACGAAAACAACAACAAUACACUUCAUCAAACGCAGGAGUACUACGACGACGACAACAACAUCAACAACAACAACAAUGCUCACCAUCAAUAUUAUUCUGAUCACUCCAAUACGCAUGUGCACUUUGAAGAUGGUUAUUCCACUCGCCACAAGUUCGGAGGUGCUUCUCCUGUCAGGCCUGUCUAUCCAGAAUCUCCCGGAUAUACCGUGGCACGGGACGAACGCUGGUCAAGCCGCCGAAGACAAAGCGAAGAAUACAAUCGAAACGCCUGCAAUGGCGCAUGUAGUAUCCUUGGGAACAUAAAGGACAAUCUACUCUACUGGGCCAACUGCCAAGGGGGUGGCAGUUUUGACGAAGAGGAAUACAGUAUUACUGAAAACGAUCUUCAAUUUUAG